GGACACACUCUUCUUCACCAAGUAUGUGAAACACAGAGGAUUACAUAAGGAGUAGCAGAUAAAAGGUUCAGUCCUUUUCCAGCAGACUCCAGACACCAACUGCUGCUGAACACACAAACCUGAAGAGAGAAAUGUCCACAUGUGAGUUUGAGUCUCUGGAGGAAUGUCUGGAGGCUCACCUGCCCGAGGCCGAGCUGGCCCACGUCAAACGCAUCUUAUUCGGGAAGGAGACAGAGAAGUUGGAGCUGCCGGCCUCGGCGGCGGCUGCUGCCUCUGAGAGGAACUUUGAGCUGAAGGCCUUCAGGUUUGAAGCUGCACAGGAACAACUGAGGCCGCCGAGGAGGAUCCGCGUGGGUCUGGUCCAGCACCGCACAGUUCUACCCACCGAUGCCCCCAUCCUGGACCAGAUCAAUGCCACGCACAGUCGGAUUGGUGAGAUGGUUGAAGUGGCAGCCAUGUGCGGAGUGAACAUCAUCUGCUUUCAGGAGACGUGGACCAUGCCCUUUGCUUUCUGCACCCGAGAGAAGGAACCAUGGACGGAGUUCGCAGAGUCUGCUGAGGAAGGAAGCACCACACGCUUCUGCCAAGAGCUGGCCAAGAAAUACAACAUGGUGGUUGUUUCUCCCAUCCUGGAGCGAGAAGGUCUGCACAGCACUCUGUGGAACACAGCGGUGGUCAUCUCCAACUCUGGGAAUGUGCUGGGAAAGAGCAGGAAGAACCAUAUUCCAAGGAUUGGAGACUUUAAUGAGUCCACAUAUUACAUGGAGGGCAACACUGGCCACACAGUGUUCCAGACACAGUUCGGGAACAUCGCUGUGAAUAUCUGCUACGGACGCCAUCACCCUCUCAACUGGUUCAUGUACAGCAUGAACGGAGCUGAGAUCAUCUUCAACCCCUCAGCUACUGUCGGCGCUCUCAGUGAGCCCAUGUGGUCUAUCGAGGCCAGGAACGCAGCCAUAGCCAACCACUGCUUCACUUGUGGAAUCAACCGCGUUGGGACGGAACAUUUCCAAAGUGAAUUCACGUCAGGUGAUGGAAAAAAAGCUCACCAUGACUUCGGACAUUUCUACGGAUCCAGUUACGUGGCGGCUCCUGACGGCAGCCGGACCCCGGGGCUCUCCAGAACCCGUGACGGACUCCUGGUGGUAGAACUGGAUCUCAACCUGAACAGACAAAUCAGCGACAAAUGGAGCUUUAAGAUGACUGGGCGGUAUUCUGAGUACGCAGAGGAACUUACCAAGACGGUCAGACAUGACUUCAAACCUAACAUAGUGAAGGAGUAGAUGAUAUUCCAAUAAAGUAGAUUAAAAAAAACAAGUUCACAUGUAUUCUUUUCAUUUUGCACUCUUUGUUAUAU